UCCCUCCAGAUCCCAUCUGAGUAAGUUUAUCGACUGUUUCGCCUCCAUCUGUCAGCCCACGUCAAAAGUCUUGCUCCUCUCUUCAGCAAAGAUCGUAGCUUUUCUCGCGCUUUUGAACCAUUCUCUUUCGUGUUCUUGUUGUUGAUUUCCAUAGGAAUACCGAGAUGGGUGUUGCUGUUUUACAUCCCCAGAGCCACCGCUUCGUAGCCGACCCUCUGUUUCCCAGAAAGCACGGGCGUGGCCUGUCGCAACCUGCUGCGAGGCCGCCGCCGGGGGCCAAGACCAAGCCCAGCUCUAACCGCGCCCAUCAUAACCGCCGGAGGAGGAGCCCCACCAAGUCCGUGGCAGCCUCCUCGCCGCCGACUCCCGCGCCGCCGGCGAAGGGCCUCGCCAUGGGUCGAGUCAGGAUCCUGAAGCGCGGCGAAGAGAUUGCCUCGCCGCCGCCGCCGCCGCCGGCUUUGGAGUCGAAAGUCGAAACCGAAGCUGCAAGAACCGAGGAAGGCGCGGGUGGUGCGAGCCCAGCUCGCGAAUUGGCCCAAGCUCGGACCCAGAAGGCUGAGCCGUGCCGAGUCAGUGCCGGUGGCGGGCCCGACCGAGUCCUGGCCGGGUUCUACGCCGGGUCGGCGUUCAUCACGUCGCCGCCGCCGAGUUCGGUUCCGAUGCCGGCGUUUUUGCAAAGAAGACCGGUGGUCUGGAGGGAUUUGUCGACGCGACGAGUGAUCUGAGGCGGCUUCUGCGGCUGGAUUAGCGGAUCACAGUAAAUUAAGCGUGUUCUGGAUGGCUUUUUUCAUGCGAAAGUUUGGAACUUGAUGGUGUUUCCAAGUUAUGCGACUCUCGAUCUCCCCUUAUUUUUUCAAGGGGGAGUCCGGCCGAGGUCGCGGCUCAGUUCAGGCGUUUGUUGUUGCGGUGACUGGUGACUUGCUACCGACUCUCUUUAAGGUUAUGUAGUUAGGCUCUAAUUGUCUGUACAGCUUCGUCGAAAAGACCAGCUUUUUCCUCACUUGGGUAGGUUUCAUCAGCGUCUUCUUCUUGUUGGGUCGAUCAAGCUUGUAGCUGAAUUUAGGUCGGCAUUUAGCUCUGAUACUGCAACGUUUGUUUCCAUUUCUUUCUCUGUUUUUCUGUUUGUUGGGUUGGGAAGAUCAUAGCUUUGGAUUGUGUCGAAGGUCCAGUUUCGAGUUCUUGUUUAAUGUAUAGCUUCUGCACCACGUCUGUGAUGUAGCUCUGCGGUAUCACAUCUUCAAUGAAGUUACAUAGCGUCUUUUCAUUUGUCAAAA